AUGGAAGCCGCUAACCUUUCAGUGGCCACCGCCAGCGUUGCCCUUGCCCUGGGACCCAAGACCUGCAGCAGUAGCCCAAGCCCGAGCGGGAUACUCAGUUCGACCCCGGGUAAUGCCGUCCUGCCUGGUCGGGAGCCGCCCUUCUCUGUCUUCACGGUGCUGGUGGUGACGCUACUAGUGCUGCUGAUCGCCGCCACUUUCCUGUGGAACCUGCUGGUUCUGGUCACCAUCCUGCGGGUCCGUGCCUUCCAUCGCGUGCCGCAUAAUUUGGUGGCCUCGACGGCCGUCUCGGACGUACUAGUGGCAGCGUUGGUGAUGCCACUGAGCCUGGUGAGUGAGCUGUCUACCGGGCGACGUUGGCUACUGGGCCGGAGCCUGUGCCACGUGUGGAUCUCCUUCGACGUGCUGUGCUGCAUGGCCAGCAUCUGGAACGUGGCGGCCAUCGCCCUGGACCACUACUGGACCAUCACGCGCCAUCUGCAGUACACGCUGCGCACCCGCCGCCGCGCCUCGGCGCUCAUGAUCGCGCUCACCUGGGCGCUGUCUGCGCUCAUCGCCCUCGCGCCGCUGCUCUUUGGUUGGGGCGAGGUGUACGACGCUCGGCUCCAGCGCUUCCAGGUGAGCCAGGAACCCUCCUAUGCCGUCUUCUCCACCUGCGGCGCCUUCUACCUGCCGCUUGGCGUGGUGCUAUUCGUCUACUGGAAGAUCUACAAGGCAGCCAAGUUUCGUUUCGGCCGCCGCGGGAGAGCUGUGCUGCCUUUGCCGGCCACCAUGCAGGUAAAGGAAGCACCUGAUGAGGCCGAAAUGGUGUUCACGGCACAUUGCAGAGCAACGGUGGCCUUCCAGGCGAGCGGAGACUCCUGGCGGGAGCAGAAGGAGAAGCGAGCAACCAUGACGGUGGGAAUUCUGAUUGGCGUGUUUGUGCUGUGCUGGAUCCCCUUCUUCCUGACGGAGCUCAUCAGUCCACUCUGUGCCUGCAGCCUGCCCUCCAUCUGGAAAAGCAUAUUUCUGUGGCUUGGCUACUCCAAUUCUUUCUUCAACCCCCUGAUUUACACAGCUUUUAACAAGAACUACAACAAUGCCUUCAAGAGCCUCUUUAUUAAGCAGAGAUCAACGCAGGGGUUAGAGAGACGUGGGUAG